AUGUCUGGCAACGACAACCCAGGAAACUUCGCAAACCGCCCCCAGGAAGAAGUUCAGGAAAUUGCAAGCAAGGGUGGUCAAGCCAGCCAUAACAGCGGCUUUGCCUCUAUGGACCCUGACAAGCAGCGCGAGAUUGCCUCCAAGGGAGGCCAGGCUUCCAGUGGCUCCUUCGAACCAGGCAGUCAGAAGGCCAGCGAAGCUGGCAAGAAAGGGGGUUCCGCCACCGGUAGCUCCUAA